AUGGACUCGGCGGUGAAUACGCAGGGUCUGCCAAGACCGAACUACAUGACACAGACCUACGUGAACACGCCGGUGGGCACGACCCUGGCCCAUGCGCUGACCUCGCCCAGUGGGGGCAAGACGCAGUACGUCUGGGUGAAGGACAGGACGCCACCGUCAAUGAUCUACGUCUCCUCGGAGGCCCUCUCCGAGGACACGAUCCAAAUUACCCUUCAACUCAACGAGCCAGGCACAGUUUGGUGCAUGCCGACUCUACCAUCGACAAGUAUAUAUGUGGACACUGCAGACAUCGCCAGCGGAAACUUCAAGGACAAGAUCACAGGAGCCAGCAGCCCUGUAUCAUUCCUCCAGUAUGUGCCGACAGCUUACACCAACAUCGAUGUCGAGGUCGACAGAGUUGUCAGGGAUGAUGCUGCGGGAGCGGCAUAUCUGGCUGCCGAAUCGCCGUACAACAUCUGGUGUUUCGCUUCCGACGACUGGGAUUUCGAGGCGACUGGGGCGGCACAGCAGUCCAUCAACUUCCAGUCUGGCAACGUAGGCGCACCAAACGAGGUGGUCUACCAGGAUGUACUGGAUUUCUCCUCCGCAGUUGGUGAAGUCAUCACACUUGACCUGACGCCGCCGACAAUCCAGAUUAACAGCGUGUCGACGACGGAGACGACGAUCACGGUGAACUUAGAGCUUAGCGAGACAGGGACGGCCUGGUGCCAGGCGGUUCGGCACGGCUUCAAUGUGCCGACCAUCCUGGAGAUCCUGGACAGCAACUUCACUUCGGAGUAUGUCCAUGUGAGCCCUACAACGGUGCCGGUAGAUGUCGAGAUAUUGGGCUACGACCGCCCGAGGAACUGGGACCCCACCUACAUGACCCCGCUGCAGCUUGGCACCUACUAUGACAUCUACUGCUAUGCCGACGAUGACCUCUGUAACGGCUGCAAAGUGACGAAUGGCGUGUCCUUCAACUACGUGAGCACAUCAGCUGUCGAGCUCAAGGUCCGCACGCUGGACCUCACACCUCCGCAGAUGAGGUUCAUUGCAGCAGAGUCCAUCGCACACGACCAGAUCAUCAUCACGCUGCAGGUGGACGAAGGUGCCAGGGUGUGGUGCGCGGCAUGGGACACGGAUCCGGCUUUGGUGGCUGCGGGCCAGGACUACGAAAUGAAGAUCAAAGCCAAGGCUUCGGAUUGCACAGACAGCUUCGGUAAUCAAUGUGGGACCUUCUGGAUCUACGACAUGGAUGACAUUGUCGAUGUGAUCAACGCGGCCGACGGUGUCACCACACGGGCUGAGUACGAGGCCACAACUUGGAAGUACAACCGAGAUGUCGACAUCAUCGUCAGUGGCCUCACUGAAGAGACGGACUACCCGUACAUAUACUGCUUCGCCGAGGACGACGAACUGACACCCAAUGCAAUGAUCUUCGACAACGCUGGGAAUUCCGGGCCGAGGAACGUGUACACGAUGUGGACUGAGAUUGGCACCAUUCAGACACUGGACGAGACGCCGCCAAGCUUUACGAAGUUGGCCAUCACAGAUCCAACCGCAACGAACGACGAGAUCGUGGUCACCUUCGCACUCAAUGAGGCAGGCACAGCUUACUGCCGUGUCACACUCUCGAACUCAGGAGAGACGACGCUGCGAAUCAACCAGAUUCUGUCGGCCAACUUUGCAGCUGUCGUGGCAGGCCCCAACAUUGACAAUGAUAUCACCAUUGACAAGAUUGAGGCGAGCGACACGCAAGGCCUGUACGAGGGCAACCAGUACGACGUGUACUGCUGGGCGAAGGACAGCGCGGUCGACACGUACGGGCAUCCGCGCCCCAACUACAUGACACAGAGCUACGUGGACACUGACGUGGGAGCCAGCUUCAUGACCGCACCAGCCGGAGGACGCACCCGCUACGUCUGGCUCAAGGACACCACACCGCCGACGCUUAUUUACGUGACCUCCGAGGCCAUCACAGACAGCAAGCUCCAGAUCACGCUUCAGCUGGACGAGCCCGGAACCGUAUGGUGCCAACCGGUUCUGCCUACAGCCGAUGCCAAUCUGGACGUUUUGGAUGUGGACGCUGGAAACUACAUUACGAAGAUCAGGGGGGCGAAUACGCCUUUCAUGCAGUACGUCCACCAGCCCUAUCGGAACGUGGACGUAGAGGUGGACUAUGUCGACGACGACGCUGGAACCGCUUCCUCCCAGCUCCUGAGCGAGUCGCCAUACAACGUCUUCUGCUUCGCGGAAGAUGACUGGAAAUUGGAGACUCAAAACUCAGUUGAUAAAUCUCCAAACUGGUUGCUGGCGAACGCUGCGACGCCCAACAUGACUGUGGGAAAUGGCAACGAGGUGUCAUUCCAGGCUGUCGACGACUUCAUGACUGCUGUGGGGCAGAUUCUGACGCUCGACCUGACGCCGCCCACCAUCAAUCCGAUCAGCCUCGCGAGCGACGAGACGAACAUCAACGUCACUGUGAGUUUGAGCGAGACGGGCACCGUCUGGUGUCAGGCCGUGCGAAAGGACUUCAACCCGCCCACCAUCCUGGAGAUUCUGGACACAAACUACUAUAGUGAUUUCACAUCACCUGGCUCGUCCACCGUGCAAAUCACCGGCUAUGACAAACCUGUCAACUACGAUCCGACCUUCGAGCGGCCUCUUGUGUUGGGGACUGACUACGAUGUCUACUGCUAUGCCUCAGAUGAUCUGUGCCUGGGAUGCCGAGUCACGAAUGGUGUCUCCUUCAGCACAGUAGUCGCCACGAAGGACUCCAUCCGUACCAAGGACUACACCAAUCCGAACAUGAGGUACGUCGCAGCGGAGUCCAUCGCAAGCGACCGGAUCCUCAUCACUUUGCAGGUGGAUGAAGGUGCGAUGGUUUGGUGCGCCGCCUGGAGCACCGAUCCGGCUUUCACCGACUCCUUGGAUGCGGAGACGAGGAUCAAGAACGAAGAUGCCAACUGCCAGGAUGGACGGGGCAAUCAGUGCGGCACGUUCUGGAUCUACGACCUGGAUGACAUUGAGGAUGCGGAUGCGGAUGGUGUUAAUUCCCGAGCGGACUACGAUGACAUCUACAAGUGGAAGUUCAAUCAGGAUGUGGACAUCAUUGUUUCUGGCCUCCAGGAGGAGACGGAUUAUCCCUUCAUCUACUGCUUUGCAGAAGAUGACGAGGUGCCUCCGAACGGGCCGAACAAAAUGAUCUUCGACGGCUCCGGUAGCGGUCCCGACAACAUGCAUUCCAUGCAGCAGGCAAUCGGCACCGUGCAAACCUUGGACGAGUCCCCGCCAAUCUUCACGAGGCUGCAGAUUCCAGACCCAACAGCCGUCAACAAUCAGAUCGUGGUCACGUUCAAGCUCAACGAGGCGGGCACUGCGUACUGCCGGGCCAAGAGGAGCGACUCGGCGGAGCCAACCUUGCACAUCAAUCAGAUCCUUUCCGCAGACUUCUCCCAGGAGAUCCUCGAUCCCGUUAAUGAUGUGGGGACGAUCACGAUCACAAGUCUGGAGGCACGCGAUCCCUCCAGUGUGCUGUACGAAGCCUCCCAGUACGACGUGUACUGCUGGGCUAAAGACAGUGCUGUGGACACGCACGGCUUCGCGCGGCCCAACUACAUGGCCCAGAGCACCGUGGAGACGCCCGUGGGAGCCGAUGUCAACAACCCGUCUGGAGGGCUCACGGAGAAUGUCUGGAUCACAGAUACUACGCCGCCGACCAUCAUCGUGGUAUCUCGCGAGGCAUUGGGCGAGUCACACAUCCAGGUUACCUUGCAGCUCAACGAGCCUGGCACUGUGUGGUGCCAAGUGGCAGAUCAGGACGGCUCCCCGACCGGCACGAGAUAUUGCCAGAACAGCGCGAUCGACUUCCUGACGACCUCGGACCCAUGCUACUACGAAACAUGGAUUCAAGGUGUCAAUCGUGGGGGUGCCGACUCUACCGUUUUCAUGGAGGAGGUGCAUGUUCCGUACCAGGACUUCGACAUUGACAUGACCCGCAUUGAGAAGGUCACAGCCACUGUCGCUGGAGAGGCCAUGGUGGGCAAUUACUUCUACUACGUCUGGUGUUUCGCCCAAGAUGACUGGGUGAACCAGGCUCCGACGCCCUCACCUUCGCCAUCCUUCGUAGCGCCUGUGAAUCCCAACAAGGUCCAGCAGCCCCACAUGACUGCGGUGAACUUGGCCAUCGGGCAGGUGACAACACUCGACCAGACACCACCUACAUUCACAGGAACUCCAGUGAGCGCAGCGCUGUCCGAAACGUCAUUGCAGAUCACGCUCGGCUUGGACGAAGCAGGCACCAUCUGGUGCAUGCCUGUACGCUCGACCUUUGCCGAGCCAAGCAUAAACGAGAUCCUUCAGAACAACGAAUACGACGUCGACUGCUUCACCAGCGCUUGCACGGUCACCAUGGCGAAUCUCGACGCCAAGACCCUGUACGACAUUUGGUGCUACGCCGAGGAUGACAAUGUAUACCCGCAAAUUCCCAACGGCCAGAAGUUCGUCGCUGGUGACGUGGUCACGCUCAGCACUCAGGACACAACACCGCCGGUUCUGACCAUCGUCUCGGCCGAGUCGCCUAUCAGUUCGGAUAUCCGGAUCAAGGUCAAGAUGGACGAGCCAGGAACAGUGUACUGCAACUCCUUCCAAUCGUCAACAGCCUAUGGCACACCAACCUUUGCAUCUGUUGCUGGUGGCGGAUUUCAGUCGUACGUUGGCUUCCCACUGCUGUCGCCGAACAGUCCAGUGAACACCAACGUGGAGGUUGUUGUCUCUGGCCUGAAUGAGCUGACACUUUACGACACGUACUGUGCAGCGGUUGAUGCUUCCACCCUUCCGACGGUAAACGAGAUGACCCAGGCUUCGAUUCUGAACACCUUCCCAGCCAUAGGCCAGCUCACGACCCUGGAUCAAUCGCCUCCUGUCUUCACCGAGCUCGGUGCGAAGGGCACCACGGAGAACAACAUCCAGGUUACAUUCAAGUGCAACGAGGCCUGCAAGGCUUACUGCCGUGUCACUCGAAGUGACUCCGGCGAGACGAGCCUCAGCGUCAACCGCAUCCUCAAGGCAGACUACUAUUCGGACCAGACAGGAGGGGCAGGAUUGUCUGCCACGAUCGACCUGGCGCGGUUGGAGAACGAUGUCAGCUUGGACCUGCUUGACCGGGGCACUCUGUACGACGUCUACUGUUGGAGCCGCGACGAAGCUGUGCAGUACUCCUGCUAUGCGCAGGCGCCGAGUGCCUCCUGUACGACCUACCCCAGGAACAACUACCAGGACCAAACCUAUGUCGACACCGCCUUCGGCGGGACGCCGCCAGCGACGGUCACCAACGGAGCCGGCCUGCCAGGAGGGAAGAUCCUGCAUGUCAGAACUCCAGACACAACGCCGCCCACCAUCACUUUCGUGGAAGCGGAGUCGACGGAAGAGUCCUCCAUCACCGUUACGCUUCAGCUGGAUGAGCCAGGGACAGCGUAUUGCAAGGCCUACACCACCACGCAGACGGUGGAUGCCGCACUUUACACCGCACUUAUCACUGCACCCGUCUACAAGAACACCGUCACAAACUGGAACAACAUUUACAAGAACUUCGACAUCAAGGUCUCUGGCCUCACCAUGGAAACCAAGUACUUCGUCUACUGCGCGGCAGAAGACGACGAGCUCGUGGAGGGUGCCACCACCAUCGACCCAGCCCCUGUUUCGAACAACGAAGCCUUGCCGGUGCUCGUUGAAGCGACAGGCCGCUUCACGUUGGAUUUGACCCCACCGAUCAUCACCGUCGUCUCAAUCGCCUCCAACAGCGAAACGACGGCGACGGUGACAUUGCAACUGGACGAGCCUGGAACAGCUUGGUGUACAGCUGUCCGGGACCAGUUCACACCACCGAGCAUCAACCAGGUGUCAGCUGUUUCGACGAUGGCCAUGGCAGCGCAUCCGGCGAAGAAAGCCAAGGUGGAGAAUGGUGCAGCAGGCAUCGGCCCCAUGGUCACGGGCGGAACCGUUUCCUGGGACCGGGAUGGCAUGCCCUUCUUCUCCAUGGGUGCAGGCACCCUACGUGUGCCGAUGGCGAUGCAUGCCGCUCACCGGAAGAAGCUUUGCCAGGUUCUGCGCGAGAGAACGGAAAUCGGCAGGGAUGCGGUGAUCUUCCUUCAGGGAGGCAAAGAGGCCAGCGUCUACGACACGGACACCAACUGGGAUUUCAAGCAGGAGAGCAACUUCCAGUACCUCUUCGGAGUCAAGGAGCCCGACUGCUUUGCUGCUUUGCGUGUUCGCGACGCGCAUGCGGUGCUCUUUAUCCCCAGGAUGGACAAAAUCUACCAGGCCUGGUGUGGUCCCAUCAAGCCGCCGGCCUGGUUCCAGAAAGCCUACAGCAUCGACGAGGUGGCACAUACUGAUGAGAUCCAGCAGACAUUGCUCGGGUUGGGUGCCAAGGAGCUUCUUUUCUUCCGUGGGUCGCCCAACAGAGACUCCGGUCUCCAACUGGAAGAACCCACCUUCGAUGGCAAGGAUACGUUUCAACUCAACAGCAAAGGCAGCAGUGCGCUGUGGGAUGAGCUGAACGAAAUUCGCUCCGUGAAGGACGAAGAGGAGCUAAAGCUGCUCCAGUGGACGAACGAUGUGUCCUCGGAGGCACAUGUUGAGACCAUGCGGGCGGUGAAGGGCGGCCAACGGGAGCACUUGGCAGAGGCAACCUUCAAGUACAAGGCAGCCUUGCGCGGCUGCUUCCGUGUGGGCUACAGCUGCAUCUGUGGCUCUGGCAGGCGUAAUGCCAUCCUCCACUACGGCCACGCUGCCGAGCCAAACUCCGAGCUUGUGGAGCCAGGGUCUUUGAGACUGCUUGACAUGGGGGCAGAAUACCACGGGUACACUGCCGAUGUAACCUGCUCCUGGCCAGUGAGUGGACGGUUUAGCGGACCACAGCGCGUGGUCUACGAGGCAGUGUGGGAAACCGUCUUGGCCGUGGAGCGCGCGUUGAAACCGGGUGUUUCCUACAAGGAGAUGCACCGGCUUGCGCAACGAACGCUGCUAGAGCGAAUGUCGGCGGCUGGGCUUUUUGUUGGCCAAGUCGAGGAGAUGAUGGCUGAAGGCCUCAUGUUCCACUUCAUGCCGCAUGGUCUGGGUCACCAACUGGGACUAGAUGUCCACGACGUGGGCGGCUACGCGCCUGGUGUGGUGCGGAAGGACGAUCCCAGCAUCAAGGAGAAUCUGAGAUUAGGCGACGGUUCAUAG